CAACUAAUUUCGCGCCAAAGCCAUCGCGCGCGCGCGCGCACGCACCAUCGAACACACACGACUCCCUCUCCUCCUCUCCCUCCUCCUCGACGUCGAUCCGAUCCGCCUUUAGCUGCCGGUGAUGUGGUCGCCGUGGGUCCGCCGCGGCCGGGCCACCGGCCGGCUCACGCAGUCCCCGACCUUCUCCUCCCCGCACGCCGCGUCGUCCCCGGCCGGGAGCGGCGGCGGCUGCGGCGGGAAGGAUAAUAACCACCAUGGCAUCGGCUCCGUCCUCGACGACGACUCCGCCCCCGCGCCCGCCGCGCCGGGCGCCCGGAGCGUCCUCCACCGCGUGCGGUCGUCGUCGUCGUCGUCCAAGCUGCGGUCGUGCAAGUCGUUCGCGGUGGCGGAGGAGGCCGCGGCGGCGGCGGUGGCGGGCGAGCGGCGCGUGGUGCUCUACUUCACCUCUCUCCGCGCGGUGCGGCACACGUUCGAGGACUGCCGCGACGUGCGCGCCAUCCUGCGCGGGCUCCGCGUCGCCGUCGACGAGCGGGACGUGUCCAUGGACGCCGCGUACCUGGCCGAGCUCAGGGCGCUCAUGCGCCGGGACCGGCCGCCCCUGCCCCAGCUGUUCGUCGGCGGGCGCCUCCUCGGCGACGCCGACGAGGUGCGCCUCCUGCACGAGAGCGGGGAGCUCCGCCGCGUGGUGGCCAGCGCGCCGCUGGCGGCGCCCACGCCGUGCGUGUCGUGCGGCGGCUCCCGGUUCGCGCCCUGCGGCACGUGCGGCGGCAGCCACCGGCGGUACAGCGAGAAGACCGGCGGGUUCCGCGUCUGCGCGGCGUGCAACGAGAACGGCCUCGUCCGCUGCGCCGCCUGCUGCUCCGGCGGCUGACGUGUCGUCGUCGUCGACAUGCAUGCAUGCACCUCGUCGGAGACGGCGUACAACGCGCAUACAUAGAGAAAAGAAAUGGAAACGCUAGCGGCUGGAAUGGAUUGAUUGUCCCAAAUGCAAAUGUGCUUAAUUCAUCCGAUUCAAUUCUGACAAAGUUGUUCA